AGAAAAGCAGUUUGUUGUCUUGGUUCCCUGCAUAAAUGUGGCACUUAAAUACUCACCUACAUUUUUGUGUAGGUGCAGAACUGUCACUGCAGUUUUCUCAGUGUUGCAACCUUCGAGUCUCUCACUAGGCAGGAUGGAAAGGGAUGGAAACAUGUAACAUCUCAACUAUUUUCCUACUAUUUAAAAGAUAGACGAGCAGAUGUUCUGUUUAUUUGAGAAGCUUUUAAUCUCUCUUUUGAAAAUGGGUUUGUUCUUUGUGUUUUGGGGUUCUUGUUGAGGGGUUCUUAUCUGCUCUUAACGUUCUCAUGAACGCUCAGGUACUUUUUGUUUGACACCUAGUUCAUCUAAGCCUUUUCUAGCCCAUUCUUCUUUCACACUCCGGCCUGUGGUCAGGAAAUAUUUGAAAACAGGCUGUUUGCACCCUUGCUUUAAUUUUAUAAAGGAGCAUAUUAGAUGUGUAGGCUGAGUUACUUUCUCACAGAAAAUGUCUUGGCCACUUGACAGCACUUAGUUCAGGACUCUGUAAUGCACAUACGUCACUUGAAGAGGGAGACUUUCCAAAUGCACUAGGAAGCAAAUCUGUGGAGCCUUCUGAUGCUGCACAUUCAGGGAGAAGAGUGAGAACUGGGCUCAUUCCUCACUCUGCCAUUCGGAACAGGAACAUGACCGAAGUGGUGUUCUUGGCUGUUUCCAGCUCAGUGUCAGGGGCAUUCGGAAUUGCUGUUGCUAGAGACAGAUGCUGAGUUCAGUAGCAAGGGAGAGGCACUUCCCAUGGCUUGCCAAGAAAGCAUACAAGAUUUCAGAUGCAUGCCAGGUUCCCGCUGAAUGCCAGCAGCAGAGAUCACUACAGAUGGAGCCCCAAAGUCAGCACGGCAGCGGCGGCUCCCUGGUGGUGAUUCAGCAGCCCUCCCUGGACAGCCGGCAGCGCUUGGACUAUGACAGGGACGGCCAGCCCGCCACCAUCUUGUCACUGGACCAGAUCAAGGCCAUCAGGGGCAGCAACGAAUACACCGAGGGGCCAUCGGUGGUGAAGAAGCCGGCUCCGCGGACGGCGCCGAGGCAGGAGAAGCACGAGAGGACUCACGAGAUUAUACCGAUAAAUGUGAAUAACAACUACGAGCACAGGCCCGGCCAGGCGGGGCACGCGGCCCACCCGCAGAACGCCAGGGCUCCCGUGCUGAGCCGCUCCACCAGCACGGGCAGCGCGGCCAGCUCCGGCAGCAACAGCAGCGCCUCCUCGGAGCAAGGGCUGCUGGGGCGCUCGCCGCCCUCCCGGCCGGGCUCCGGCCACAGACCCGAGCGGACGAUCCGGGCGCAGCCCAAGCAGGCGGCUCUGAUCGUGGACGAUCUGAAGGGGCCUCUGAAAGAGGACCUGACGCAGCACAAGUUCAUCUGCGAGCGGUGCGGGAAGUGCAAGUGCGGGGAGUGCACGGCGCCGCGGGCCCUGCCCUCCUGCCUGGCCUGCAACCGGCAGUGCCUGUGCUCGGCCGAGAGCAUGGUGGAGUACGGCACCUGCAUGUGCCUGGUCAAAGGCAUCUUCUACCACUGUUCCAACGACGAUGAAGGGGACUCGUACGCGGAUAAUCCCUGCUCCUGCUCCCAGGCACACUGCUGUUCUAGGUACCUGUGCAUGGGAGCCAUGUCCUUGUUCCUGCCUUGCUUGCUCUGCUACCCUCCGGCCAAAGGAUGCCUAAAACUCUGCCGGGGCUGCUACGACCGCGUCAAUCGUCCGGGCUGCCGGUGCAAGAACUCCAACACGGUCUAUUGUAAACUGGAGAGCUGCCCCUCCCGGGGUCAGGGCAAGCCCUCAUGAUUUUGGGAGGGAGGUUUACUUCCCCCAACUUCAGUUUUUCAGGUUGUAGCUCAUUUUUUUUCCCUCUCCCCAUCUUUUCUUCUUCCCCCCUCCUCUCCCAUUUUGGGAGGACUGUUGCUUUCUUUUCCUUUCUGUCUGCCCAACUCCAGACAUAUGAGCUCUUCCCCUUGCAUCUUUGCUCUCCUCCUCCUGCUGACUUGGCUGAGUGUGGAGCGUUUCACGCAGUCACUGCUGCUCUUUGGUAAGUGUGGACCUGGGAUCUGCACCUGCUGCUCCUUCGGGCAGGGUCUUUGAGUUUGUAACUGAACCACUCCUGAAAGAGACAGUGAGGGCUCACUGGGCUCUUGAAGCUUCUUGCUCUGUGAAUAUCUUCCCAAAGAUGGUUUUUUUUUUUUGUUCUCAGCAAGUUAUGGUUUUUUUCUCCUUAACCUCCUGGGUGCCAAGGAAGAAUAACUUUCAGUCCUGAGUGAGCUGGAUUGUGAAAUAACUUUUUGUGUGUGUUCUUUCUGGAGAGGGAUGUAAAAUAAAGGCUUCACCAAAUGAAAGGCCUGACUCUUCUAUAAGCAGCCUGCUUCUUUUUGCAUCUUUUUUUUUUUUCCCUCUCUUUUUCUCUUAACUUUUGGAACAUUCUCAGACCUGAGAAUUGUCCAGCCUUUUUUUUCUUUUUUUUUCUUUUUUUUUUUUAUUUUUUCAGUGUAACUUCAGUUUUUGCUACACUAUGUAGAUCUUCACAUUGGAGACAUUGUGGCUGCAACAUACUCAUUUGUUUCUUCUGCUGUCCAGUCUUUGAAGGAUAUUGCUUACUCCACCCUCCUAAUCCAGUUUUUAUAGUCUGUCAGUAUCAGUUGAUAUUAAAGUUGGUGGUGUUCAUAUAUCCAAACAGCCUUCAGGUGUCAUUGAGUCACCUAAAUGUUCUUGAAUCCUUCAAGUCUCUUGUGAUCCUUUGGCUUAGUGAGUUUAGCUCUGCUCUGUACUUUAUAAUUUUAUUCUGUCCCUGUUUUAUUGCCUUAGCCACAAAUUGUGGUCCUUUUUUGUAUAUUUUAUGUAUAAAACACAAAGUUGAAUCCCAACUAUUUUUAAGACAAAAGUCUGUUAAAACUUUUUUUAUUGUAAAGAAUAUUUAUUAUGUGAAUCUCUAUUAUUUUAUGAUAUUUAUUGCAAAAGACUUCGAAAAUGUACUCAUGUCUGAAUAUAACAAAAUAUCAAUACUUAACGAAAUAAGGAUGACACGAAGAAAGUACAUAUGUUAACUAUAAUGCAGAAAAUAUAUUAAUUAAUGAAAAUGC